AUGACCAUUACGACGCCUAUCCAGAUGUACAUUGCCGACAUAGACCAACGUGACUGGGACCAAUACACGGAGCGACUGACGUACGCGCUUAACACGGCUCACGACCAAACGCGGGACGAACCCCCGUUCUUCCACGUGCACGGAUGGAAUCCGCGGUCUACGCUGGAAGCGACGCUAGUGGUGGGCAACACAUCGCACUGA